UGAUUCAUCUUCACACUAGAUACUCAUUCCAUUCAACCAGUUAAAACAGAGAAGAUAAACUGAAACAUCUUUGACUCAGAACUUCAAGUGAAUGAACAAGUCCUCUCAACUGACUCAAAAUGUUUGUCCCACCCAGAAGAUGGAGCUCCCGAAGGUCUUCUCUGGCCAAUGGACAUUCCUAUCUGCCAUCCUCAACCUGCUAUCACUCGGCCUCUCCUCAGCAUUCCUGCUCAGCAACUCCUGGUUUGUGGACACACAGAAGGUGCCCAAGCCCCUGUGCAGAGAAGGUCUGGCAACCAAGUGCUUUGAGCUGCCAGUGCCCUUGGAUGGGGGCAGCAGCGGCACAUCAUCCCAGGAGGUGGUGCAAUGCACCUGGGAGACUGGGGAUGACCGCUUCUCCUGCCAUACCUUCCGGAGUUGCAUGCGGCUAUCCUGUGAGGAAACUGUGGAAGAACCAGGGAAGAAAUGCCGACGUUCCCUUGAACUCACACCAUCAACCAAGAGAGAGAUCCUAUGGCUAUUACUGGGAGCCCGGUUUGCCUGCAUCAGACUUGAACUCAUCGGUUUCCUCCUCCUAUUAACGGACUUGCUGUUGCCCGGGAACCCUGGCUGCGGGCUCAAGCUGAGAGUCUUUGCCGCUAUCUCCUCUGUCAUGUCAGGCCUUCUGGGGAUGGUGGCCCGCAUGAUGUACUCACAAGUCUUCCAGGCAACUGCCAACUUGGGUCCAGAAGAUUGGAGGCCACAUGCUUGGAAUUAUGGGUGGACCUUCUAGGACACCCGAAUUUCCUUCACCUGCUGCAUGGCAUCAGCUGUCACCACCUUCAAGACGUACACCAAGCUGGUGCUGGAGUUCAAGUGCAAGCACAGGAAGAGCUUCAAAGGAAACCUGAGUUGCCUGCCACACCAUCACUAGUGUUUCCUCCAACCGCUGCCAAGUGCAGCCCACAGGGGCCCUCUGACCAGCUUCCACCAGAACCACAAUCAGGCCAGCCACCCUGUCUCCGAAGGAGUUGACUUCUACGCAGAGCUACGCAACCAGGAAUUCCAACAAGACACCAGCCAGGGGCUACAAGAACUGGCUGGGCCUCCUGUAGAAGAAUAG